AUGGUUCGAGAGGGAGAUGGUGUGAUCAGUGCGUGUUAUCAAGCAUUUUCUAGUAAUCUCUGUCCCACUGCAGAACUCAUGGAUCUAUCAAACAAGUUUGUGGAUUAUUCUAAAGGGCAUCCAUUUGCUCUCAAGUUGUUAGGUUCUGAUCUUUGUCAAAGAGACAAGUUAUAUUGGAUUAGGAAAUUGGAGAGACCGCAGAGAAGGCCAGAUGGAAAGGUUCAAGAAGUUCUGCAUAUGAGUUAUGAGGAACUAUGCCUGGAAGAGAAGAGCAUAUUUCUGGAUGUUGCUUGCUUCUUCAGAUCAGAAAAGUUGGAUUUGGUUUCGAGGAUUCUGAGCACUUACCAUAUUGAUGCUUCUAAUGUGAUAAAUGACCUUAUUGACAAAUGCUUAGUAACCGUUUCGGAUAACCGGCUUGAGAUGCAUGACUUACUGCUUACGAUGGAGAAGGAAAUUGGUUAUGAAUCAUCCAUCAAAGAGGCAGGUAAGCGCGGUCGGUUAUGGGACCAAGAGGAAAUUUGCCGCGUUUUUAAACAUAAAACGGGGACUGCAAAAAUUAGGGACAUCUUCUUGGAUAUGUCUAAUGUAGAAAGCAUGAAGCUAAGUGCUGAUAUUUUCACGGGGAUGUUGAGUCUCAAAUUCCUGAAAUUCUACAAUUCUCAUUGUUCCAAGUGGUGUAAAAAUGAUUGUAGAUUUCGUUUCCCGGGUGGGCUUGAUUGCUUUCCAGAUGAGCUGGUGUAUCUCCACUGGCAAGGGUACCCUUUGGAGUAUCUUCCAUUGAACUUCAACCCGAAGAAACUCAUUGAUCUUAGUCUGCGUUAUAGCAGCAUUAAGCAACUAUGGGAGUAUGAGAAGAACACAGGAGAGUUAAGUUUAGCCAAGUUUUCAUCAAUCCAGCAAAUGGACAGCCUUGUUUCUCUGAAUCUCAGAGAUUGCAUAAACCUCAAGCGUCUUCCAAAGAGCAUUAAUCUGAAAUUUUUGAAGGUUCUUGUCCUCAGUGGCUGUUCAAAACUCAAGAAAUUCCCAACUAUUUCAGAAAACAUAGAAUCUCUGUAUUUGGAUGGCACAUCAGUAAAAAGAGUUCCUGAAUCCAUAGAGAGUCUCAGAAACCUUGCUGUGUUAAAUCUAAAGAAUUGCUGCAGGUUGAUGCGUCUGCAGUACUUGGAUGCUCAUGGCUGUAUCUCACUCGAAACAGUAGCAAAACCCAUGACGCUUCUUGUGAUAGCUGAAAAGACACAUUCUACUUUCGUAUUCACGGAUUGCUUCAAGCUAAACCGAGAUGCACAAGAAAAUAUUGUGGCUCAUACUCAACUGAAGAGUCAAAUACUGGCGAAUGGAUAUCUUCAACGUAAUCAUAAGGUCCAAUAUCUUCGGUUUUAUCAUUUUCAGGAACUAGUUUUGGGACCUUUAGCUGCUGUAAGUUUUCCAGGAAACGACUUGCCAUUAUGGUUCCGCCAUCAAAGAAUGGGAUCUUCAAUGGAAACCCACCUGCCUCCACACUGGUGUGACGAUAAAUUCAUUGGCCUUUCUCUCUGCAUUGUUGUCUCUUUCAAGGACUAUGAAGAUAGAACCAGCCGUUUCUCGGUAAUAUGCAAGUGCAAGUUUAGAAACGAAGAUGGUAAUUCCAUCAGCUUUACUUGUAAUCUUGGAGGAUGGACCGAGUCAUCUGCAUCAUCAAGCCUCGAAGAACCAAGACGACUUACCUCUGAUCAUGUGUUCAUCAGUUACAACAACUGUUUCUAUGCCAAGAAAAGCCAUGAACUCAAUAGAUGUUGUAACACCACCGCCUCAUUCAAAUUCUUUAAUACUGAUGGAAAAGCCAAAAGAAAGCCAGAUUUCUGUGAGGUAGUGAAAUGUGGGAUGAGCUAUUUAUAUGCACCGGAUGAGAAUGAUUAUAGAUUGCAGGGAUUACAGGAGAAUAACCUCGAGAAAGCGGUAUCUAGAAAAGAAACAGAACUAAAUGAAACCGCAUUGGAUGAAGCUGCUAUGUCCAAGAGAGCCCGUUUAUGUUUACAAGAGGAAGAGCUACUGAACAGAAAAAGAAAGAAGGAUGAUAUCUCUUAUCCUGAUCAUGAGUGUUCUGUAACUUCUGUUUUUAGUUACGUGUAGCCAACACAGCCUCAUCUCUGGAAAUAACUAGUUUCAGAAAGCUGAUUUCAAUCAAGGUUUGGCUUCUAAACA